AUGAUCCAGCUCACCACGUCAACGACAUUGAUAAAGUACGCCAACGAGGGCAAAACGGCGUUGCUGCUGGCGUCCGAAAGCGGCCAUGACAGUACCGUCAAGAUCCUACUGAGCCGCAAUGCUUGCGUGCUGCAUACCGACAACAAAGACCGGACGGCGCUGCUACUGGCAACCACGAAUGGACACGAAGCCGUGGUUCGACGUCUGCUCCUUGCUGGUGCAGCCGUCAACUUCACCGAUCCGGUUCAGCUCACAUAG